UUAUUUACACGUAGGUUGUAUUUAGACGCUAGCUCAUUUGCAUAUUAGUAGAGUAAAUAACCUUUAAAUUUUAUCGGACUGCUUGUAAAUCUUAAUAGGCCUUUGUAUAAUAUAUUUUAGGAAUAGAAAUUUUAUUUUUAUUAUCCAUUAGUAGAAUUAUUUUUAUAAGGUUUGACUUUAUUUUCGUUGAACCGUAGAAAAGUGAAUGUCUAUAUAAUGUUAUAUCAAUAUUAAAUUGUUUUAUUGAUGAUAGAAACGUUAGGGAUGUUGGAUGGAAUAUAUUUUUUUUUCUAUCACGGAAUAAAUUCACUGGCCUAUUUCAGUGUAUUUUUUCUUGUGCUUUCUUUCCACUUUUCUCUCUUCCAAGAGAGAUGUCGGCUCCAAGUAACAAAAGAGCGAUACAGCGUCUAGCAAAGGAUCUGGAUGAAAUAGAAAAAUAUCCGGUUGCUAACGUUUCAGCUGCCCCUUUAGACGAAAAUAUGUUUGAAUGGCACUGUAAUUUCCUUCACGAAGACGUCAUCUAUCAUUUAAUUCUUUUCUUUCCUACACAAUAUCCAUUUGUUUCCCCAUCAGCUGAGUUCGUUCCACCAGGUUUUCGAUUUCUUCGAGGAGCUACAGACGUUGGGAAAAAAGGAACGAAAAUUUGUCUCUCAAUAUUUUCAGAUUUCGCAAAAUAUCAUACCGAAUGGGCGAAUGAAAAAUCAAUGGGAUGGUCCCCUGGUUAUACAGUGCAAACUGUCUUAUUGAAUUUGGUCGCGUUUCUUGCAGAACAUCAAUCUGGCUCUUCGGUCGAUCAUUAUAAUAAAGAAAAUGCAAAAUUGGCUGAAAAGUUUGCAUGUGCCGAUUGUGGUCAUACUUACGCUAAACCCUUCCCACCGCUAUCAACCACGGAUGGUCCACCCGCUCUAGAUGAUGGUCCAAUAGUUGUUGAUUACGUGUCCAAAACAAGAAUGAAUUUCAAAUCUUCCCCAAAAUCUAGGGAUGAUCUCUUUGGUUACGGUCUAAUGCAGAGUGGUCCUAAAACCAGACCAUCGCUAACUUCGCCAUGUGAAUUUAUAUCAGGUGAAUCUUUCUUCUCUAUGAAAAAAUCACUUGGUACGGUUAAGUCUGUUCUGAAGGAAGAUUUAUCCUAUUUUCUACCGCUAUAUAUUAAUAAAUCUCACGGAGACAACAUUCAGAAGACGUUUGAAGAAACCAUGAUGGAAUUGGCGGUUCUACUACCGAAAUGUAAUCCAAAGAAGACGUCUGUCAGCGAAAUGGUUUUAAAAACCAUACCCAACUUAAUGAGCGCAACCGUUGUUGAUUUUUCUAAGGGGCAUCAACAUACUAGCGAUAAUCAUUUAAAUGGCUAUUUUUCUCUCCACCGCCUUUUGCUAUGGGCUAUCGAGACUUAUCCCGAUUUGCAGAAGAUAAUUGACGAUAGACUACAAAAUUUUAUAGAUAAUCCCGAUCAGCGAUCUAAGAAAGCUUGUCCUCAUAUUGGCGAAUGGCUUUUACUUUUAGCCGGCUCCUCCAAAUACACUUGGCCCGAUGCAGCCAAAGCCUAUUUGGGAGAGAGUUGGAAAAGGAAUGUCAUGUGGUACGUCAAAGACGACGCAAAGCUUGGUAUGUUGGACACAGAUAAAGAGUAUAGGUUAUCCAAAACCCUAGCUGCUACAGCAGUUAGUAGAAAGCUAUUGGCUUUUCAGGUUCUUUUUCUCGAUAUCGCCAUGGACAAAUCGUUAACUAGACAUCAGCUAAUUCAGCGCUAUAAUGAAAAUAACGGCUUUCCUACUGCUCAAAUGGUUGCAGAGAUGAAAGCCGCCUGUCAAAGAAUCAAGGAUAUGAAAACUUAUGAGGAUUGGUAUGAUAUUCUAAAACUGGAAGCACCUUCAAAAGAUCACAUCUUUAAUGAAUUGAAGGAAUGCGUCGAAUAUGCUAUCAACACAAAUGGCUAUCACUGGACGUUCUGGGCAACAGGAGGAGGAUGGGGAGAAGUUUUGAAAAGAUACAAACUUUAUAAACCAAAAGAGGAUGAUAAAGGGCAAAAAGCCAAAAAAGCUAAAGCCCCAGCUGCUAAGAAGGCGAAUGUCGUACAUGACGAACCAAGCGACAGCAGUAUGAGUGACCACGAUGAAAAACCAGCUAAACGUCGUCCUCCAAAAGCACCAGUUGCUAAAGCGAAACGGAUAAUUAAAGAUGAUGAUGAUGAUGACGAUGAAGAAGAAGUUGUUAAAAAGCCAGUAGUUGGAAGAGGAAAAAAACCGGCAAAACAACCUGCAGCAAAGAGGGGAGCAUCCCAAAGAGGACGUGGACGUGGACGCGGACGCGGUAAAGCGAAAAUAGAAGAAUCGGAAAAAGAGUCAUCAUUAGAAGAAAGCUCAUUGUCGGAAGAAGAAGAGCAACCUGUUAGAAAGGCUCCAGUUAAAAGGGGUAGAAGAGGGAAAGCCCCAGCCCCCGAAGUAAAACCUAAAAAAGCAAAAAUAGUAGAGGAAAAACCAGCUCCAAAAGCACCCGUCAGAGGUAGAGGUCGUGGAAGAGGAAGAGGAAGAGGCAAAUAACUCUAAAUAGGAAAAGAUUCAUGGCGAACAGAGAUAAAUCAAGAAAAAAUCAUUCAACUAUUUUCAAAAGUGUUGUAAUUGAUAUUCUAGCUGUUAAUUUGUGCACAUAACAUUUAGUACUCAAGUCGUUUUACUGCUGUUUCUUUUGUUGUUAUUUGAAAAUAGUUUUAAAUUUAUUCUCAAAUGAAAAUAAAUACGCAAUUAUUUAGGAAAAUCAAGAAUAAAUAACACGAUAUAAGUCUUAAACAUUAGUCAUAUUGAGAUAGGGAGAAAGAAAGAGAGAGAGAGAGAGAGAGAGAAAGAGAGGGAGA